GUUGAUAUUGGGUCUUGGACUGACUACACUUAGAGCAGAAGCGAGAACCUUAAGCCAUUUUUUUGCGUUUUCAUCCUCGAAUCACUGCGAUUUGCCCGCGGGGCGUUUCCGAUCUGUACUCCCCGCUUUCCUACCGUGCCCCGGGCUCCCACUCUCCACACUGCUCCAACCUCACUUCACAAACCUCCUUCAAUAGUCCGACAGUCUCCUCUCCUCAACUCGACCCCAUCACCCGUCAAAUCCCAGACAUCUCCAGGCUCAAACGUGACCAUGAAGCUUGAAGGGUGCGUCGCCCUGGUGACUGGUGCCUCCGGGGGCAUCGGAAAGUCUACCGCCAUUGCCUUCGCCAAGGAAGGAGCCAAGGUGGUCAUUGCAGCCAGGCGCGAGGACAAACUGCAAGAAGUGGCCGACGAAAUCAAGGCGGCUGGGGGAGACGUUGCGCUUGCGGUGGGCGACGUCUCAAAGGAAGCAGACUGCAAGAGGAUGGUGGACACGGCGAUCGAGAAGUUCGGCGGGCUACACGUGGCCUUCAACAACGCGGGCGUUUUCAGGGCGGUCCCUUUCGCGGACAUCACGGAAGAUACCAUCGACCACCUGCUCAACAUCAACGUCAAGUCGCUCGCCUGGUGCUUCAAGUAUCAGAUUCCUGCCAUGAAGAACACUGCAGGGGGGAAGGGCUCCAUCAUCGUCAACACCUCAUCCACGGCCUUGAGGACGACAGCUUUGCCGGGAAUGGCGGGAAGCGGCAUGUACUCAGCUUCGAAAGCGGCGGCGGAAAUGCUCAUGAAGCAUCCGCCAUUGAGGUUCGGCGCGGCGUCGGGCGUGCGGGUGAACUCCGUUUCGCCCGGACAUGUCGAGACGCCCAUCUACGGUGAGAUGCCCCGCGAGACUCUGGUUGCCAUCACCGAAACCUCGCAACUCAUCGCGAGGCCCAUCAAGCCCGAGGAGAUUGCGAACGUGGUGAUAUUCUUGGCUUCGGAAGACGCCGCCAUGGUCACCGGCUCCACCUACUCGAUGGACGGUGGCUGGGCCAUCAAAGCUUAGGCACCCGUCCGGACGGCUUAGGCUUUUUUGGGGUACGGCAAGCAAGCAUGCAAGCAGGUUGGUUCGAGGGAGAUCGAUCAGUCUUUGGAAGCCAGUCUUGAUGUUAACGUUCAUCAAGUUCGGUAUGCGCUGAUGCUUUUGGCUCGAAAACCUCUCGUUCAAGACGGAUAUUUUAUUUUACAUGUUCGGGCGCGGGUAUGCCCGAUGGCUGAGGAUGACCGUCCUUCAACGAUCGUUUCACAGCAGCCGAGUCCAGGCUGAAAUCUAACGAUGAUUCGCUCUAUUCCUAGGUUUGGGGCAGAACGGCUGGCAUCCCGACGGGAUUGAGGAAGAUCUAUAGUAGAGGGCCUUUGGCCUGAGGCCGUACGAGUACACGGACGUGUUGGGUACACAGGUUGGAGUUGGCGUGGCUUGGAGUUGGCGGGGUUUGGAGUUGGCUGGGAAGGGGGCAUGGAAAUAGACCAAGAGAUUGAUGCAAUGUCCGGUCAAGUGGCGGACUGCACGGCUAAAGGGUACAGAGCCACUCCCAUGUAGGACAUCCUGCUCGUAUGAUCCGACGCUGAGUAGGUUUUUUGUUUUCUCCAUUAAGGAAGGCACUACUACGGCGCAGCUGAAGGCGCCGAGUCCACACACAGCUCCCAAAGCUGUGGCGUAGCGCGAAGGGGAGAGGGCGAUCUUGACAGGUCUAAAGGGUCGUCCAGGAAGCAAACGAUGAAGGCAUGUUGAAAAGUUGGACGAUGCCCGGAGAUUUUACCUAGCCACCAUACAAGUAUAUGCGUCUUGAGCUUUGUCCCA